AACCCACGUGUACUCUACUACAAGCUGACAAGGUAAGAUCGUAUUUGACUGUCAAACGAGGAACACACACAAAAAAAAAACAUGUCGAAUGCUAAGCCAUGUUUUACCUAUUUCGCAGGUCGAGGUUUGGCCGAAGUUACUCGCCUAGCUUUGAAUGCAGCAGAAAUAGAAUAUGAUGAAGUAUACUUGCAAACCAGGGAAGAAUUCCUACAGCUCAUUGCAGAUGGUAAACUGAUGUUCAAGCAAGUUCCCCUGUUAGAGAUUGAUGGAGAGAAUGUUAUAGGGAGUGAACCUGUGCUUCGAUAUGUCUGUAGGAAAUGCAACUUCAAAGCCAAAUCCCCAGAGGACCAAGUCAAAGUUGAUAUGUUAUCCAUGGGAGCCAGAGAUAUGCUGAGAUCGGGAUUCUCUGCCGCCCAUUUCCAGAAAACUCGAGAAGAACAGGAAACAAUGCUCCAAGGUGCAGUCAAACAAUGCAAGAACAGAUACUUCCCCGUCUUCGAAAAGAUUCUUGGCGAAAGCAAAUCUGGGUUUCUUGUUGGAGAUUCUCUCACCAUGGCAGACUUUAUGUUUUUCGAUGGUCUGAGCUACGUGAACGAGAUCCCCAAAAUCAAACCAUUACUAGAUGACUUCCCUAAUCUCCAGAAGUACAUUGUCCACUUCUCAAACCAACCGGGACUCAAUGAAUACCUUUGUAGCUCUCGACGCCACCCGCCUCCCGAUGAUGAGUAUGUACGGGUCGUCAACUUGGUUCUUGACUGGUGAUUGGCACGAUUUACAAUAUGAGGCUUUCGCUUCCUCAACGCAGGACGGAUUCAAGAAAUAGAAAAUCUAUUGUCAAAUGCCCUUCAUGAAAACGAACAACCAAGAAGUCUUUGUAGAAAAAUUUGGAAUAAAAAUCAGUGGAAUUCCAUUUGAUAUAAAUGUUCUCUUUAAUACAAUUGACAAAAGCCAUAAAGUUUUUUUACCAGAAAAAAACAGAAAGAAAUAGAGGGAGAGGGGGCGCCAAUCAAAGACGAUCGCAGAUCUUUUGGACAACUAAUACAUUCUCUAGGACAAAACGCAUGAUAGCAAGGAAAUUUUAAGAAAUACAAACAGGUAUAUAUCAUACAACAUACUAAACGGGAUGCUUUUUAAAACUUGUAUUGGUUCAAAAGUAAAAAAAUAAAUAAAUAAAUAAACAGGCCCCGACCUCUCAAAUGUCCUUAGAAAUUGACAUGCUUGUCCCUUAGCUGUACGACAUAAGUAAAGAUAAUUGUAUAUGAAAUAUCAUCGAUUCUACUUUUUUCCGAACAGAGGUCGAAUUGAAAAUGAAAAUAGUCAGGUAUUUUUUCCAGAAAUAUUUCAAAAAAGUAUUGCUUGACUUUUUUUCCAUUCAAAGUACCUUUUCUCUAACAAAAUGAUAUUUUCCCUGCAGAUUAUUGACUAUGUUGAUAUAAAACCAUGUAGUAUUUCCGUUUUUCGGAUAUCCCGAAGGACAUAGGGUGAAUUUCCAGGAAAAACUCAUGGAAUAGAAAGAAUAAUUAAUGUAUGGUUCUCCGUAAAUUACCCAUGAUAAGGUAUUCCAUGUAAUCUAAAGGGGUUAAUAUUCAUAUCAAUGUCAUUCAUGGUCAAAUGCAUCAUUCAUUUCUUCAACAAGUCCACAACCCCUCUUGGUUUGAGGGGAAAACCUGAACCGCCUAAAUAAAUCCAUUGGACACCUUCUUUUUUGUUAGAGAAGUUAGAAUCGUGAUGACGUUUCGGGAAUGAGGUUAUCAUUGUAUUUUCAAUUCAAUUGUUUUAUUUUCCACUUUCAAUUUUUCAAAUUUACAAUCAUACAGUUGAGCAAAUUUGAAGUAUAUUCAAAGGUUAUAGUAACAUUACAAUAGACAAUUAUCAAAUUGAAAUAUAAAUUGAAACGAUAUAAUAUGGAUACAUUAACAAAACGAUUUGAAUAUAAAAAAAUGUGAAAAAAAGUUAUUGCUCCUUUAAAUGACGAGUCGAUUUUCAGGUAGCCUGUGUAAAAAAAAAAAUAUUCAUCAGCAGCGAAAACGUUAAUCUGUUGGACUAUUCUUCAAAAAACGAACAUAUUAAACAUAAAUAUGAUAGGAAUUGGCAUUAGCGUAAAGCAGUAAAACGUUAUUCAUGUACGAACAUUACAUUGCACAUGUUUGAUUUUAUUGUGGCUUUGUGGUCAUUUUUCAAAUUGUAUUAAAAAAAAAAUAGGUACUUAAAGUUUGUUGUGUCAUUUUAGUAAAGAUCGUGUUAUGUUAUCGCUAAUGAAAAAUAAUCAAUGUCAAAGUGUGGAUCUAUAUUAGUCAAAUAAAAUAUUAUAUCACACAACCGUGUUGUGUAAAAAAAAUGCAAUGGGAAAUCUGUUUUGCAUAGUAUCCUUUUUUUCAAAUAUGCAAAGAACAUAUUAUUUUACUGACAAUAGCUUUUAGUCUUCGGUUAUUAAUUCAAAUGAGUAUUUGAGUGUAUGUGUGCUUUUUGGGGGGCCCAUUCAAAAGAGGAUGAAAGCUACCACUAAAAGAUAACACGAAUUAAUUUAUUCGGUAGAAUUUAACAUAACCUUUUGAAAUAUGUACUCUUUUUAAAAAAGACAUGUGCAUGUAAAGACGUGUAUUUUACAAGAGAUUUAAACAAGAAAGACGGACCUUUGUUUUUCAAAUGGAUGUCGCAAACUUUGAAUGCUGCUUAUAUCAUCGCAUGAUGACACCUGAUGACAGGUGGGUCCCGUCUUAGUAAGAUUUGCGAUUGAUUCGAUCAACCUCAACCAAAUGGAAAUGCAUCACUGUCAUAAUUUUUCCUACCGGAAAAUUCGCUCUAUGUUUUACAUGCCGGCCCGCUGCGUUAUUAAGACGGAGAUGAAUGCAUGAGUAAUCACUAAAUCUGCAAAACAUUUUUCACAUACAUGUAUUUUAGAUAUUGUCGUUCCAUGCUUUCCAUAGUUUUGGUUGAUCAGAGCCAUCUUAACUUUUUGUAAGACGAUGCCCAGGGGCAAUGCACUUAAAUAUGUUUUUUUUUAUUAAUCGGAUGAUUAAUGAAGAAAAUAAUACUUUUAAAUGACACACUCUAUACAAAAGGAAAUGGCGGUCGUUAUUCAACUGCACGUGUCAUAAACAUCAUCACACUUUGUACGCUGAAUAAUUAAAUCCAUCACGCUUGGGAUUUGAUUUUAUUUCAAUCGAAUAUAUUAGUUUUACAAUUUUUCAAAUACAUAGAAAGAACAAUAAUACCUGUUAUAAUUCAAUCCGAUACUUGUCGAAAUUCAGGGGAAAAACAAAAUUCGACUAGUUAUUAUUUCUAUAUUAUUUUCUUUUUAAGGGUGUAUGGUAUAAAUAUGUUCCUUUCCUCUCUGUUCAAUUGUGCACAUCAAUCUAUAUUAAGAAUAUUCUCAUUUAAAUAACAAACAUAUCUGUGCGUUGUGCUCGCUUUUUUGACAGAGAAAGAAACGCUAUCUAAAAUAAGCUCAAAUACACGUACAUGUAGAAGUAGUAGAGUGAGUGAAUGUAAUACCGAACACGUACAUCGUAUGCGUCAGAAAAUAAUUUCAUAUGCUUAAAACUUUGCAACAUCUUUCCAAAUGGCACUUGCACCGGCACUUGAAUAGAAAGAUGAUGAAAAAUUGUAAAAAAAUAUAUUUUCAAAGUCUUAAUAUUCUCAAAAUAAUAAAAUAUGGUCAAAAUAGUUCAUCAGUGAUUUUGUUGUUUUCUCAACUUUUCUUAUAAAAAACACACGUUCGGUAAUAAUACCUUUUUCAAGUGACCAAAAUAUUUCACAUGCAAAGAGGGGUUUGAUUGAAAGCUGAUAUCGUAAAAAAGAAAAACAAUUUCGGCAUUUUUUUACAUAUUUAAUUUGUAGGUAUUUGUGUGUUUAUGGUGAAAGUUUUGUGAAUUUAAUGAGUAUAAUUUGUUUGAUAGAUAUGCUUUAAUUUAUGAAAUGUGUUCGGUAAUACGAUCCACUACAAUACUUGAAUGAAAUGGAAGUGUUGCACAAGCAUUACAAAUAGACUGUAAAACUGACAUCUAACUCUUGAGGUACACAUGAAAGCAGGUGAAACUUUGCGUUUCGUAAAGAUGAACAAAAGUAUAAGAUAAUUAAUCACCUGCCCAUGCAUGGGCAGAGGCGUCGAUCCUGGGGGGGGGGGGGGGCGAUGACCCCACCAAUGAAAAUAUUGGGGCGGGCAAACAUCGUUUCCCCCCUAAUUCCAGAUGUGUAAAAAUAAAAUAAGAUUGUAAUGUUACACAGAAAUAGGCAAGCGAAAUUGAGAUGCACAACUUGUUCUUUAUUUAAAAGAAUGUCAAUUUUUCAGAGUGGAAUCUAACAAUUUUCAGCUCGCGCUUCGCGCUCGCAUCAUUUAUUUAGCUACUAACCCAUACUUUUCAUGAUUAAAUAGGUGAAUAGAAUGUCCCGUUUUCAGGUCUAAACCUCAAAAGAACUCCCGCUUCGAUUUGCAUUAAUAUUUGGUUGGAUAUACAUCGUGUUCUUUAUUAAAAACGUCCAUUAAACUGUCAUUUUUUCAGGUCGAAAUAUCAAAAUUUUCAGCUCGCGCGCUUCGCGUUUGCGUCUAUUGUUCUUUUUUAUAUACCCAUCUUAAUCAUUGUUACUAAAAAUGCUUAGAAUAUCAAGCUUUCAGGUCAGAAUAAAAAGAAGUUUCAGCUCGCUCUCGGCACUCGCAUUAUCUGCUUAUAUGUAUUCUAUAUGAGUUACUACAAACAGUCUUAAACAGGUACCUUUUUCAUGUUUUCAGGUCAGUGUACGAAAAAAAUUAAACUCGCGCUUCGCGAUCGCAUUAU